GUCGACGGCGGCGCAGCAGUGGAUAACGGGUCAUUCAACCCUCGUGGCCGUAGACGAGUUGCUUUUGGUCGGCACCAGGUGCACUGUUCCCGCGAUAAUCGUGCUGCUCGUCGUAAUCUCCUGCGUCAUCGCGACCGUCUUCACUUUCAAGGCACUCUCUCGAAAGACACAGAAGACCGAGAAGUGCGCGACCGAUUCGCAAGACGACGUGGACAUGCGCGGCAAGACUGUGGUCGUCACGGGAGGAAAUGCCGGCAUCGGCUUCGAGACGGCGCUGCAGCUGUCGCGACUCGGCGCCAGGGUCAUCGUGGCGUGUCGAUGCGAGAGCAAGGGCCGUGCAGCCGUCGAAACCAUUCGACGGGCUACCGGAAACGAUAAGGUCGAGUUCGCGUCGCUCGACGUCGGGUCUCUCACCUCGGUGCGUCGAUUCGCGAACGAGCUACUCGCAACCGAAGAGCGCCUCGACGUACUCGUCAACAACGCCGGAUCACAGCGCCACCGCAGAAGCGACUGACGUGCGAAGGCGUGGAAAUUACUUUGGCCACCAAUUACCUCGGGCCUUUCUUACUCACUCAUCUGC